GCCUGGCUGUGGUGAGCGGUUCCAUUCUGUAUUCUUUGCAAAGCCGGGGGCGAGACGGACGGUCUCCCCCACGCUCCGAGACACCGCGCAUGGGCGAGCCCGGACCCACCCGAGGGGCAACCGCCGCGCCUUCCGGUUCCGAUGACAGCGGCGCCGGAAGCCGGCUGGGUUGCAGGACUAGGUGACAGCCUGCGGGCUCCGGGUCCCGGGGUGCGGGGCGCCCGGACCAAAGCCUGGAGCAAUCCUCGGCCACACCCUCCAAGGGCUGGUGGAGUAGCCCGGACACAGACUUCCCAUCUUAGUGCACCUGACUGGGACAGAGGCAGCGGCCGCCAUGGAGCAGUGUGCAUGUGUGGAGAGGGAGCUCGACAAGGUGCUGCACAAGUUCCUGGCCUACGGGCAACACUGCGAACAGAGCCUGGAGGAGCUGCUGCACUACGUGGGCCAGCUGAGGGCUGAGCUGGCCAGUGCAGCUCUCCAGGGGACCCCUCUCUCAGCCACCCUCUCCCUUGUGAUGUCCCAGUGCUGUCGGAAGAUCAAAGACACAGUCCAGAAACUGGCCUCCGACCAUAAGGACAUUCACAGCAGCGUCUCCCGAGUGGGCAAAGCCAUUGACAGGAACUUUGACUCUGAGAUCUGCGGCGUGGUCUCGGAUGCGAUGUGGGACUCACGUGAGAAGCAGCAACAGAUCCUGCAGAUGGCCAUCGUAGAGCAUCUGUACCAGCAGGGCAUGCUCAGCGUAGCUGAGGAGCUGUGCCAGGAAUCGACACUGAGUGUGGACCUGGACUUCAAGCAGCCCUUCUUGGAGUUGAAUAGGAUCUUGGAAGCCCUGCACGAGCAAGACCUGGGGCCUGCGCUGGAGUGGGCCGUCUCCCACAGGCAGCGCCUGCUGGAACUCAACAGCUCACUGGAGUUCAAGCUGCACCGGCUGCACUUUAUCCGCCUCCUAGCAGGAGGCCCAGAGAAACAGCUGGAGGCCCUCAGCUAUGCCCGGCACUUCCAGCCCUUCGCUCGGUUGCACCAGAGAGAGAUCCAGGUGAUGAUGGGCAGUCUGGUGUACCUACGGCUGGGCUUGGAGAAGUCGCCCUACUGCCACCUCCUAGACAACAGCCACUGGGCAGAGAUCUGUGAGACCUUCACUCGGGACGCGUGCUCCCUGCUGGGCCUUUCAGUGGAGUCUCCCCUCAGUGUCAGCUUCGCUUCUGGCUGUGUGGCGCUGCCCGUGCUGAUGAACAUCAAAGCUGUAAUUGAACAGAGGCAGUGCACAGGGGUGUGGAGUCACAAGGAUGAGUUGCCGAUCGAGAUUGAGCUGGGCAUGAAGUGCUGGUAUCACUCCGUGUUCGCAUGCCCUAUCCUGAGACAGCAGACCUCAGAUUCCAACCCUCCGAUCAAGCUCAUCUGUGGCCACGUCAUCUCCCGAGAUGCACUCAACAAACUCAUCAAUGGAGGAAAGUUGAAGUGUCCCUACUGCCCCAUGGAACAGAAUCCAGCAGAUGGGAAACGUAUCAUAUUCUGAUCCCAAGGAACUUUCUAGAACGUCCACCUGUGGGCCUUGGUGGAAAGACUGGCUUCAGUUGAUUGUGAUGCCUCUCAGACCAGCACUACCAGGAGGCCCAGCCUGCCUAGGCAGAGGCUGAGGGAAGGCCAUGAACCAGCCUAUGCUUCCUUGGCUGUGAGGGGGACUAGCUGCUGUGUUCCUGCUGUCUUUCUGUUUACAUUGCCCCUGACAGCAAAGGCCAUCAAAAGCAGACCUCUUUCUUCUCCCUCAAACCAGGUUUACAGCUGUGGGCCACCUCCCUCUAUCCAGUCUCAACUAUAUGUAUC